AUGAAUAAUAUUGUUUGUUCUCUUACAUUCACAUAUGACUACAAUUACUGCAAGAUCAAAAAUGCGAGUUUUGUGAGAAAAGUUUUUGCUUAUUUCCACCAACUUCCACCAUACUUUCAGAGAAUGGAUGAAUUCUGCGUUAUUUCUGACAAUCAUACUAUUUGCUUCUGCCAAAACGCUUGCAACUCGCAAACCAAAUUAGUGCUUAAUGCUCUACGAAAAUCUUACAGUUCGAAGUACAAUAUUGUUUACCAUCGUUACAACAAAACUUUCAAUCCAAGCAGCCAGAUAUACGCGUAUAAAAUUCUUGACUGUUUAUUAUACGAAUUCGGAGAGAAUUCUACACUAAAAAAGGAAAUUGUUAUAGAUGCUAAAAGAAGCAAUGGGCAAGCUGCAAAAGACGCUAUGCGGCAAGAAAAGAGGAAAAGAUUUAAGAGGACUUCCAAUGAACAGCCAAGCGAAAACAUUGAAGUUCUUUUUUGGAUAAUAGUAGCUGGUGCAAUAGCUCCAAUAUUGUGGCUGUCCAUUGCUUACUGUGUGCUUAUCUCGAUGGAAAACAAAAGGUUAAUGGAGGAGCUGGAAGAGCAAAUAGAAGGUGUUCAGCAACAGGAAGGUCCAGCAGAACAAGCUGAGAAGCCAGAACAACAAAUGGGCGGUGAGAAGCCUGGAGAUGAAGCUGCUGAAGCUGUCGAAGGCGCCGAGGGUGCUAUAGGUGGUGAGAAACAGGUUGAGCCAGCGGUUUCGCCCGGUGCAGCAGCGGAGGACUUCUUCAAUAUUCCACAGGUUCCUGGAGUUCCAGAAGCCCCACAGGCAGGUCAAGCAGGGUUUACCCCUGCUGGGCCUAAGACGGCUAAACCUAAACCUGAAAGAAUAAGGAAAAGUGGCAAGGCAGCUAAAACGCCACCGCCGAAGAAGAUGGCGAAAAAAAGCAGCAAGCCCAAACCGAAAGCCAGAGCUGCCACAAGCAAGACACCUAAAAAAGCUGCAAAGCCGAAAAAACCACCACCACCGAGACCUCCACCCAAGAGAAGGAAAAAAUGA